AUGGAAGAAAGCUCAAGUUUCUCGGCAAUGGCACCUCCUGUCUUCACUGGUGAAAAGUUUCACAUAUGGGUGGUGAGGAUGGAAGCUUAUCUCGAAGCUUUAGAUCUUUGGGAGGCAAACGAGGAAGGCUAUGAAGUUCUUCCGCUACCCGGAAACCUAACAAUGGCUCAUCUCAACAAUCACAAGGACAAGAAAACUAAAAAAUCUAAUGCAAAGGCAUGUCUCCUUUCAACAGUCUCUUCAAUAAUUUUCACUCGUAUCAUGUCUCUAAAAUCAGCAAAAGCCAUAUGGGAUUAUCUUAAGGCAGAAUAUGAAGUAGAUGAUCAUAUCAAAGGUAUGCAAGUGUUGAAUCUCAUUAGAGACUCUGAGUUACAGAAGAUAAAAGAAUCAGAAACCAUCAAAGAAGACUCUGACACGCUUAUAAGCAUAGAAAACAGAGUAAGAUUACUUGGUUCUGACUUUAAAGACUUGUGUACUGUUGAAAAGAUUCUGGUUACUGUACCUCAAAGAUUUGAAGCCACCAUUACCACUUUGGAGAACACCAAGGAUCUGUCAAAAAUAACUUUGGCGGAAUUAUUGAAUUCCUUGUAG